CAUCGAUCUGAUAUUGAACUAUUAUUAUUACUCAUCAACAGAAAAAUGGCGACGAUAAUUGAGUUGGUCCCAAAAGAGUAUGGGUUUGUGGCGAUUGUUCUUGUAAUAUACUGUUUCCUGAACUUUUACAUGGCUGCACAGGUUGCCAUUGCUCGCAAGAGGUACAAGGUUCCUUAUCCCACCCUUUAUGCUUCUGAAUCCCAAAACAAAGAUGCCAAACUCUUUAACUGCAUUCAGAGAGGGCACCAAAACUCUUUAGAAACAAUGCCAAUAUUCUUCAUGCUCAUGAUUUUGGGAGGGUUGAAGCACCCUUCAAUUUGUGGUGUCCUUGGAGUGCUUUAUAUCAUUGCUCGCUAUUUCUACUUCAAAGGCUAUGCCACCGGUGAUCCCAUCAACCGUCUUAAGAUCGGGAGAUUAUUUUUUGUGGCGCUUGUGGGUCUAAUGCUGUGUGCAAUUUCAUUUGGGUGCACUCUUCUCCACCGCCCUUGUAGCUCUUAAUACCUCUACCUUAAUUUGCUAUUUCAAUAUUUCUUUUGUCUGCCAUUCUUCGACAAAAAAGAUGGUCAUGUAACUUAUUGUAUUGUAUUGUAUUACACAACUCAAGUGAAAGGACUACGUAUGUCUGGAAUCUAGAUAUAAUAAAUUAGGUGAAAACUUAGGUGAAGUCGACUCACGUGAAGUUGAUAUCUAAGAACCGUUAGAUGAAAAUUUAGUCAAAUCAAUCAAAUCAUCUAACGAUUCUCAGGUAUCGACUUCACGUGAAGUCGACUGCACAUGAGUUUCCACCAAUAAAUUAAUAAUACAGUUUGAAGUGAUUUUUUGGGGUGAUUUUUUUUUAUACAUUUAUGUAUAUGUUGCAUUAUAAAUUUUUGUAUAUAAAUAUGUGAAGACCAAAAUAUGUAUAAAAUAAUAUAGGCAUGAGCUUGUAAUGAUAUUUUACGUCAAUAAAA